GCCAAUAAUUACAGAGUUCCGAAAGCGAGCGUGAACGUGUGUGUGUGUGUGUGUGUGUGUGUGAGAGAGAGAGAGGGAGAGAGAGAGGUGUGACGAGGGAGCGUGAGUACGAGACGCACCGCGAGGUAAGCGCAGCGCGCGACCCCUUUUCACUCUUUAUUCCACUGAAUCAGCCAGAACUGAGCAACGAAGGGAAAUCCAAGAGUGGAGGUCAAAGGACAGGCAAUCGGUCUUCGAGGCACAAAUGUCGUUACAAGGAGAAUCCAAAAGGCAAGAGGUCAAAGGUCAGAAAAUGGGCACACCGACAAGUUGGUUGUGGAACUUGGCCAUCCUUCUAAUGCUUUUCUGGCCAGCGGAAGGUGAACACAGCCUGACUUUCCGUAUGUGUGGGACAUGGCGCCAUGACAACGGAAAUGUGAGCGUUUUAGUGAACGUAAUGGAGGGCUGUGAUAGGAUGACAGUGCAGGCCAAUGGCAGCACACUGUCCAUCUGGGGACGCUUCACAAGCCACUGCAAGAAGUCCUUAAUCACACAGCUCCCCUGUACCACGAUAAAGCCAGAGAGCACCUUCUGUCUUCACUGGGACCCAUUGCUGGACCUGCUGGAGCUGGACAUCUGCGGCACCGUUCUUCCCUUGUGUCCCAUGGGCAACAUCAGAGAGAUGUGCUGCACUCUGUCUCCCUCAGACAAUUUGGGCAUCAAUGUGAACUUCGGGAUCCUAAAUGGAUCCAUUAAUGGGGACGUGAUACAAGAGCGUCUUCAGGAGUCCUACAAGUUUGUGGGGGACAUCGAUGACUGUGUGAGAAACUUCUGCAACAAUGCAGGCAGCAGUUUGGACAGAUUCCAGAUGAUCGAGGAGCUGGUGAUGAGGUCAGCCCUCAGCGGGAAGGUGAACCACAACUGCAUUCAGAGCUUCGUGCUUGAUAUUCAGGAGGAGUUCCAGGGAAAGAAGAUCAGCUUCAAUCUGCAGAAGAACACACUCUCAUCCGUCACGGCUCCACAGCCCCCCAUGGUGUACUUGCCCCCUUCCCUGCUGCCCCAGGGAAAUAACUCUGCCAAAGUGGUCUGCACCUUCUUCAGCAACGUCACGGAUCUCCAGAAGGGCGUGAAAGGGGACCUGCAAGGGACGCUCAUCGGCAGCCAGGUGGUUGGCAUCACCGUGGAAAACGAGGUCGUCACAGAUCUUUCGGAGCCUGUCCGAAUUCACUUCUACCACCCAAACAUGACCGCAAUUGCGUGGAGACGGUGUGUUUACUGGGACACACGGAAAGACCCUAAGGUGCAGUGGCGGGGGGACGGAUGCAGUGCAACCACGACAUCCAUCAACGAGACCGUGUGCAGCUGCAACCACUUGACGUACUUCGCACUGCUGCUGGAGGUCGAGAGACGUGACAUUGUUCGCCACCUGGAGGCACUCACGUGGAUCACGGGCCUGUGCUGCGCGCUCUCUGCCGUCAGCUGUGUCUUGCUUAUCGCGCUCAUCACCAAACAGAGGAGGAAGAAGAGCUCACACCAGCCGACGUCGGACCACCGUGGCUUGGCUGUUUCUGUUCUCCUGCUCUGCCUCCUGUUUGCCUUCUCAGGCAUCGUGGCCAACGUGGCGCCAGAGGGGACAUGCACGGCAUAUGGAGCAGCUGUGCACUGUGCCCUGCUUUGCUCUGCCUGCUGGAUGACCGUGGAGAUCCUUCACACCUUCUGGCUCGUCUACAUGGUGCUCAGGCCGUUUCUCCGGCAGUGGACGCAGAUGCUGCUGGGCUUCGGUCCUCCAAUCCUAGUCGUGUCCAUUCUUUCCUUAACCAAGGAUGUCUAUGGCAAGAGAGAGCUGCUGCCCAGUGCCAACACAGACACUCCUUACCGGACGUGCUGGGUUAAGCUCACCGACGACGGUCACCUGGCCAUGAACAUCACUCUGUGCUUCUUCGCGUUUGUCUUCUGCUCUGGAGCGGUCAUGCUCAUCCUGGUGCUAAGGCAGGUGCGGGACCGACCAGAGUGGAAGAAGAACAGGGUCACCUUCUUCAGUAUCUGGGGCCUCAGUCUUCUCUUUGGCUUCACGUGGGGUCUGGCCUUCCUCAACUUUGGGGUGCUCACCAACGCCAUGGACUUCCUCUUCACUAUUGUCAACUCGCUGCAAGGGUUCUUCUUACUGGUGCGGUUCGUCGUCCUCGAUUGGAUCCGAAAGCAGGGCACCAAGUCGGACACCUGUAGCAGCUCCUCUGGUCAACAAAUGCUGACAGCGCCAGAGAGAAGUUACAGGUGAAGGGAGGAGCACUGGGAUGUGGAGGACGGAGGGGUAGGAGGACUGAGGGAGAGGGGGUGAAGUGGACCAACAAAGGGGGCCACCUGGGGAUGGAAAUGGUCUUUGAGAUGUUGUGGUCACCAUGAUUAAAGAAAGGUUGUUGCUGAGAAGAGCAUGUGUACAUGCACCUACUUUUCUUUCAGUACAUUAACUUACCCUUCUUUAUAAGCAUCGCGUGUGGGACUGACCAUGGCCGGUCGGUAGCUGGUAAAAACGGACCUGAACAGAGGCUCAGGGCUAGGCUCCACAUAAGCUCUGUUAGACAUAUUAAUGGCUUUUUCUCCUGUAAAUGUGUGAUCUACUGUAUCUCAGCUGUGUUAAAUGGCACUUUAUUAUUUCUUUAAUAUAUUCUGUGGCAUUUGACAUUCUGGACAUCCAGGAUGUGUCAGAAGUUGUGUGUAAAUACUGUGUGGUCCCUAUCAGAAGAUAUUUUUUUAAGUUAUGUUUUUACAAUGAAUGAGAUUUUUUAAAACAUUUGAUUCUUAUCAUUUCUUACACAAACCAAGCUGCCAUCAAGAUGUAUUUUUUUUUAUGCUGCACUCAUGUACAGUGGCUCAGGUUUAGGGAAGCUUUAGAACUAGGAAGUAUUUCCACAUUUUGUGGCAUUAUUAAUCAACUGUUGUGUUUUUACCAUGUGUUCGUUUUAAUAGUGUUAGGGACCUGUGUUUUUUCACUUUGUAGC